CGCGAACUUUGUCGAUAGCCGCCAUACAGUGAAGUGAAAAAGCGUGCCACCACCGAACCUGGCCUUCGUGAAAACGAACAACAAACUGAGCGAGAAGCACACACAGAGUCAUCCCAGCGCCAGCCCAAUAUUUGACAGCUCUAAUCACCUGAAACUUGUAGAAAAAUGGGGGACCAAAGGUACGUUACCGAGAUACCAAGCAGCCUGAAACAGCUGGCCCGAUUCGUGGUCCGAGGGUUCUACACGAUCGAGGACGCACUUGUGGUCGACAUGCUGGUGAGGAACCCGUGCAUGAAGGAGGACGACAUCUGUGAGCUGUUAAAAUUUGAACGUAAAAUGCUGCGCGCCCGGAUAGCCAUUCUUCGCAAUGACAAAUUUCUGCAAGUGCGACUCAAAAUGGAAACUGGCCCGGAUGGGAAAGCGCAAAAGGUGAACUAUUACUUUAUCAACUACAAAACGUUCGUAAACGUGGUAAAGUACAAGCUGGAUCAUAUGCGCAAACGGAUGGAGACAGAAGAGCGGGACGCCACCAGCAGAGCGAGCUUCAAAUGUUCUAACUGUAAGAAAACGUUUACGGAUCUGGAAGCCGAUCAGCUGUUCGAUUUCGCUACGAGCGAGUUCCGCUGUACGUAUUGUGGAAAUGCGGUGGACGAAGAUAGUUCCGCAUUGCCGAAGAAAGACUCAAGACUGCUACUAGCCAAGUUUAACGAGCAGUUGCAACCACUGUACGAUCUGUUGCGGCAGGUCGAAGGUAUCAAGCUGGCACCCGAAAUACUAGAACCAGAACCGGUAGACAUAGACACUAUACGAGGAAUCGCAAAACCAACCACCAAAGCACCGACGGAGCAGUGGUCAGGCGAAGCCACCCGAUCCAGCGGGUUUGUCGUGGAGGAAACGCGUGUCGACAUUACGAUCGGUGAUAGCGACACACUCGAUACGACCACACAGCGUAAGGAUCGGCCUGUAUGGAUGACGGAAUCAACCGUCAUUUCAAACGAUAUGGACGACAAUUCGGUCGAUGCCAUCCUGGAGAAAGCUGCCUUUACCUCAACGCAACCCACUUCGAUCGGUAGUGGUAGUGCGGGCAACAACAGUACCACCACGAACGUUAUGUCCACCCGCAGUCGAAAGGAUGCGGACGAUAUUAUGUCGGUAUUGCUGCAGCAUGAAAAACAAAGCGCCAACAGUACGGCAAACGAGGCGGUGCGCGGUUUGGGACAAAACAACGAUGGCAACUCGAGUGAUACUAGCGAUGACGAUCGGGACAUCGAAAAUGCGGAAAUACCGAGCGUCGAAAUAAUGGAUUCCGCGUCGGACGACGACAUGCCGACGGUAACCGUAGCCGGCAAGCCAUAUCCGCUGGAUGAAAUCAAUGACACGCUGAUAGCAGAUAUGACACCGCAGGAAAAGGAAACCUACAUACAGGUGUACCAGGACCACUUCAGUCACAUUUACGAUUAAAAAUUAGAAUAAUCAUGAAUACAAACAAAAUAAAUGUUAAAUUUGAAAC